UUCUCGGGCCAUUGGGGGGACGGCCGAUGGGAUGACGAAGAAUGUCAGAACAACAAUGGCGACCGUUCUCUCUCUCCUCCGCCCACCUUUUGCUAAUGCCCGUUUAUCUUUCCAAAAUCUUUCCCUUUCCAAACCCUUCCUCCCUCCCUCCUCCAACUGCAGAGCGAACCUUCUCCUCCGUCUUCGCCUCUCCUCCUCCACUCCAUGCGCGCCUUCGGCCUCUCUUGUGAAGGUGGCGGAGGAGUUCGACCUAAACCACUACCUUCGUUGUUCCAUGCCCGAUAAGCGUCCUCUGAAGGUCGCUGUGCUUCUUAGUGGUGGCGUCGACAGCAGCGUCGCUCUCCGCCUCCUCCACACCGCCGGCCAUUCCUGCACCGCCUUUUAUCUCAAGAUUUGGUUCCAGGAAGAUUUUGAAAACUUUUGGUCCGAAUGCCCAUGGGAGGAGGAUUUGAAGUAUGCAAAAGCCGUUUGCAAUCAGGUUGAUGUGCCACUGGAAGUUGUCCAUCUGACUGAUGAAUAUUGGGAAAAUGUGGUUUCCUACAUUAUUGAGGAGUAUCAGUGUGGGCGUACUCCUAACCCAGACAUUCUCUGCAAUACAAGGAUAAAGUUUGGUGCAUUCUUGGAUGCCAUUGCUGGGUUGGAAUUUGACUUUGUUGCUUCUGGACAUUAUGCAAAAGUUGUUCACUUCUUUGUGGAACAAAGGGAUGAACUCUCUAUUCUAGAAUUGUCGAAAGAUCUGGUCAAGGAUCAAACAUACUUCCUUUCACAUCUCUCACAGUCCCAACUUAAGAAACUCAUUUUUCCUCUUGGUUGUAUCACAAAGGAUGAAGUCCGGAAGCUUGCAAAAGAAUUUGAUUUGCCUAACAAGGAUAGAAAGGAUUCACAAGGAAUAUGCUUUCUUGGAAAGAUAAGGUUUAGUGAAUUUGUUGCAAGGCACAUUGGGGAGAUGGAAGGGGUCAUAUUGGAAGCCGAGACAGGAGAUUUCCUAGGGAGACAUCGGGGCUUUUGGUUCUAUACAAUUGGCCAACGCCAAGGCUUGCGACUCCCUGGAGGGCCCUGGUAUGUUGUUCAAAAGGAUGUUAAAAACAAUGUCAUCUUUGUAUCAAGGAAUUAUUUCUCUUAUGAUAAAAGGAGGCGCUUAUUUCGUGUUGGAUCCCUGAAAUGGCUCAGUUCAUCUCCUGCCCAAACUAACUUACUUCAAUGCAAGGUUCGACAUGGCCCUGGUUUCUACGACUGCAGCUUGAGAAUGCAACUUGACGAAGAUGGUCACGAAGUUGCAGUUGUCCAGUUAUCUGAAGAUGAUCAAGGCCUGGCAGCCGGGCAGUUUGCAGCCUUCUAUCAGGGGGAAGUUUGCCUUGGCUCCGGCGUCAUCCUGGAGUCCUGGGAUGGUCAGGGUUUUUUGGUAUGUGAAAGGGCUCUUGAAAUAGCAAGGAUGGAAGAUAAGUCAAAGCUCGGGAAUCCGGUUAAGAUAAAGGUGAAAACAGAUGCUUGUCUGAAGGAGUCUGACAAUGCGGAGUGUGUUGAGAUUGAGGUAAAAAGCUGAAGAAUUCUCCAAAUGCAGUUACUGAUGAAACAGGAUGAGUUUAUCAGCAUGAAGCAAGCUCCAGAUUUCAACUCAAUCGGUGGCAACAGUUGAUACUUGAUGGGAAAGUUUUUGCAGGUGUUCUAGUUCUCAUCUGCUCCUCAAUUCACAUCAAGAGAUCACACUAUCUAUAAUGAAGAAGAGUUUAUGGGCCAAAGAAUGGCCAUCUGCUACUCCAAUCUUCUCAAAAUGGGUCACAGCUCUUUGCUUCUUUUCCCAUGGCUGUAAAUUAUACAGGAACAAGAUCAACUUGACGCUUUUUGUUUUUUAUUUUUUCCCUUUGGCUACAAGUCUUGUUUGUGAGAUUUAAGUAAAUCCAAGUGUUGAAUUGUAUUAGUUCU